UAAUAAUAUGAUAAACAAUCACAAAACAAUCAAUUGUAGAUACGAUAAGAAAUUCAAUGAAAAUGCAUUAACGUUCACCUCACUCAAUAAUAUCAACAAUUCAAAUGUUAAAGGUGAAAUUUUAACAGCUAAUUAUCCAAAUGAAUUCAAUGAUAUAACGGUGAUCAAAGGCGAUCAUGUUGAUGAAUCAAUGUCAUUGAACAGUGAUUAUCAAAUAUCUGCCACAGAUGAGGCCAACAAGUGCAUUGUACAAUACAUACCAUUUGACGAAAGUCUUAAUAGAACAUUGGAAGCUAUAUCAAAGUUGAAAUUAGAACCAAAUUAUCCUGCAAAAAGAGCGAUACAAAAGGAAUACUCUGAAAUGAUGAUGAAUAUACUUUUUCAACGCCUGUUUGAUGAAUUACUAUCACUGUUCAUAAUUACUAUUAUGUUGUGCUCUCGACAGACAAUUUACAUUUUAGCUCAAAUUAACAAUCCAAAGUGCUUGACCCAACGACCAUAUACACAUUUUGUCGAUCAACAACUCAAAAAUUAUACAUUGAUACUGUUUUGA